GAGAGAUGCUCCAACAGCACAAAUCAGACAGGACAGUGAUACACAGGUGGCUGCUUCUUCAUCAUCUUCUUCUUCUCAGCUGUUGAUAGGAAAACUGCUAUGGAGACAUUUGGCCUGAGGAGGACUCAGUCCUUGAGGAGUCUUUCUGGCACUCAGGAAAUGUCCUGGGUCAUGACAUCAGCAGGUAACUGGACCAGGAAGUCUGUCUCUCAGCUGGUUCAGCACUACCAAAGCUGUGCAGACCUAAGGAGUUCAGAAAAAGAAGAGCAAGGAUACGAGGAUUCAGAAACCUGUGUGAAUGGUAAUUGGAAGGUGCUGGACAAGAGGGAGACUGGGAGAUUCUGGAGUAAUCUGUCCAGGAGUAAAUCCAUGGAGUUCAUCCCUCAGAGAGAAAUUUCUGGCACCAGAGCUUUGCGUACCCUGUUUGAGUCGAAGGCCACCCUACAGCAGGACUACCACAGCAGCCCUCGGCUGAACUCCCUGUCCACAGGCGACAGUAAAUCAGUGAAAGACUGUCCUCUGCAGGACGGGAGAAUUUAUAACGCCCCGCUAAAGGAAACUACAAUUCAGAGAACAACCCAGGUGGACGGUCAAAAGGCCAUUAACGGCCUCCCAGAAGGUUACAACAGACUGUCGAGACACACACACGAUGACAAAUAUAAUUCAUCACUGAGCAAAGGAGGUACUUCAACAGGGCAAACGAGAGACAGGAUAUCUACUUCCUCGUCUGUGAAAGACAAACUAGCUCUAUAUCUGUCAAGAACAGUGGCCAUUGAAUCAGUGGAAGGCUCAAACCAGCCACAGGAAUCUAAGGGAACUCCACGAACCAGGGCUAAAACCAGCAAGAUGGCUGAUGCACAAAGGACAAUCACAGUUUCACAACCAUUUCAUGAUGAAAAUGACUUGCCUCCUCCCCCGCCUCCUCUUGUACCACCAAGACCCUUUGACUAUGAAGGGACAGUCACUCUGAAUAGCCUCCCUUUGCCUCCACCUAAAGAGACCUUUUCCACAUUCUACCAGCAACGACAGAAGAGUGAGCUGAAGAGGCUCUUCAAACAUAUCCACCCCGACAUGCGAGGAAGUCUUGAUGACGCUAUUGAUGAUGAGAUAAUGAAUGCAGUGCAGUCAGAGAACACUCAGACAGCAGACACAGUUUAUCAGGGAGAGGUUCAGUCUAUGAGGUGGAUCUUUGAGAACUGGGCUCUGGACAACAUUGGAGAUCCUCAUGAAACCAAAAAACUCUUGGAUACUGAGGAGCUAAAAGGUGGAGAUGUCAGAAGUACCUCUACAAUGUUUGAGCAAAUUGACAGCACCCAACACAUGUCAGCUAAAAGACAGAUGUCUGUCAGAGGGGAUGUGAGUACAUCCACAUGGUUGUUUGAAACACAGCCAUUAGAUUCUCUCAGUAAAUCCAAAGGCAAAGAAGGUGAACUGGUAGAGGCACUUCUGAAAGAACCCAUACAGUCUGGCGUUGUAAGAGGGAAUCGGCUUCUCUUUGAGUCCAAACCACUGAGUGACUUAGGGCGAUGCAAUUCCAUCGAAGACUGUAGCGUCCUGAAACUGAAAUCUGAGCUUCAGGAGCAGAAAGGAGAUGUCAGGAAAACCGUCAAACUUUUUGAAACAGAACCAUGCUGUGCCAUCAAAGACAACAGUGGCAAUAUCCAUGAGAUUAAAUCCAUCUGCAGGGAGGAGAUCAAUUGCGGCAAACUUAACACUGCCCGGUGGCUUUUUGAAACUCAGCUUUUGGACAUGAUUAAUAAAGGAAGUGAUGGAGUGAAAAUAAUCCGGGGUAUAUCUCUGGAGGAGGGGCACAGGGGAGGUGUUGACCAGAAAAGGUGGAUGUUCGAAACCCAGUCAUUUGACACAAUUAAAGAAGUUGAAAGAGUAGAUACAUUUGAAAGAAUAGCGGCCGACAACUCAGGAGAAGCUGAGGUUUUCAACAAAAAGAAGUUGUUUGAGAUGCAACCCCGGGCAGCUGCAGGAGAAAAGUCUCUGGAGAAAGAAGCAAUCAUUGGGGGAGAUGUCAAGACUUCUAUGUGGCUGUUUGAAACUCAGCCCAUGGAAGCUCUUAGUGACAGCCAUGAUGUAAGGUGUCUGAAAAAAAUAAUCCUUUCAGCUGACGAACAGGGGGAAGUAAAAGGCAAAAAGCUCAUGUUUGAAAAUGGCAGCUUUCAAAACACUUCAUUUAAAGAACAAGAGAUUGAAAGGGUUGACGUGAAGGGAUUCAAACAACUUUUUGAGACGAUCCCCUUGAGUAAAAUUGCUCAGUUAGAAGAGGAGAUGGCUGAGAGGCAGGAAACCUUUUCUGGUAACAAGGCAGUGAUAGAGACCACCCCCUUAUACGCAAUAAAAGACAGCUCUGGAAACCUUCAUGAGGUCACAACAGUCAGUCGAGAGGAAUUUAUCAGGGGGAAAGUCAAAAACUACAAGUGGAUGUUUGAGACUAAGCCUUUGGAUCAGCUGGCAGAUGGAAAAGAUGUUGAGGUUAUCAAAGGCAUCACCAGACAGGAGGACAACACAGGUGAUGUAAAGACAGCAAAGUGGCUUUUUGAAACCCAGACAAUUGAUGGAAUCCACUGCAAGUUCAAUCCAACAGAACAAAGCUCUAUAGUUGAAAAAGAACCUUGCAAAGGUGAUGUCAAGAACUGCAAAUGGUUGUUUGAGACAAAACCGAUGGAUAUGCUGUACAACAAAAUGGAAAAAAACAAGGAUAAAGACUUUAUUGACACGGAUGUCAAGUCUAUGACUUGGCUUUUUGAGUCACAACCCCUGGACAGCAUCAGAGAUGGUGAGCCAUACAAUCUGCAGUUGUGCAGCACCAAAAAGGACUCUGUCAAACCAGAGGUUGCUCUUGAAACAGUGAAACAUUUAUUUGAAACUGAAACGUUGGACAGAAUAAGAAAAGAUUCACACGCACAACAGAAUUUGAGAUGCAUCAGCCAGGUCAACUUUCAAUCAGGAGAUGUGUCACGUGUCAAAGAACUUUUCGAGUCUCAAUCUCUUGAUGAAAUAGGGUCAGAAAUUAUGUCAACUGAGGGACAGCACCAAGGUGAACACAUUGAAAAAGGUUCGGUGCAUAAAGUUACAUGGAUGUUUGAGAACUGUCCUAUGAACCAGCUUAAUAAAGAUCAAGAUGAGCAUGGAGUAAGCAUGGAGAGAGUUGGAGUUCUUGAGACUGGAGAUGUACAAAGCAAAAGGUUUAUCUUUGAAACCUCUUCACUGGAUAAAAUCCAAAAGGAACCGGUUGAGGAGAAGUCAGAGUCUGUGGAAGAACCUAUAAGCAAUGUUGAUGUAAAAUCUAGCACCAUGCUGUUUGAGUCCCUGCCUCUCUAUGCCAUCAGAGACAAAGAAGGUCAGUUUCAUGAGGUGACCACUGUCAAAAAAGAAGAGGUCAUGAGUGGUGACGUGAGAGGGGCAAGGUGGAUGUUUGAGACCAAACCACUUGAUGCCAUCAAGGCGGAAAAUGAAGUUUAUGUGAUUCGAGCUGUUACACAGGAAGAUGUCCAGAAAGGGGAUGUAAAAUCAGCCAGAUGGAAGUUUGAGACACAACCUCUGGACUCCCUCACUGAUCGAGAUGAACCUUCGGUUUGGGUUACUGAAGACUUUGGAGGCAGCAGUGUCCAGCAAAAUAAAAAUAUAUUUGAAUCUGACCAAUCAAGCAAGAGGUUUGCGAGAAUGGUUAGUGUCACUGAUGUGCAGCAGGGGAAUGUCAGGACCUCCACAUGGCUCUUUGAGAAUCAGACCCUUAACAGUCUUAAAGGAGAACAUCAGGAGCAGAGCCCAGUUAAAACAGUCCACAGAGAAGACAGCCAGAACGGAGAUGUGAAACGCUGUACGUGGCUGUUUGAAUCUCAGCCGCUUGACAAGAUCAAGGAUUCUGAAGAUACCUCAGCACAAGCUAUUGAGGAGAUACCAAAAGCUGAUGUAAAGUGUACUACCUGGCUGUUUGAGACUACACCACUGGAUAAAAUUACUGCCAACAGUGUGGCUGAGACCAUUUCGUACUUGUAUGAAAUGAAAUUUGUCCACUCCAGUGGCAUAAUAAUAGAAGCAAAUGACACAAGGCAUGUUAACAUGGCAAAAUAUAUCCUUGAAUGCAGCACAGGUGUGCAGAUUCAGAAAGAAGACAUUGUUGCUGGCAACAUUAGAAACAUCAUGUUGCAACUCCUGCUCAAACCAACAAUCAAGCCACAAGUUACUCUUCUGAGAGAAGUCGUAAAGGGUCAAAUCAACACCACUGUAGUGGAGCUUCCAGUAUUUGAGUCAACAAUGACUGCCAGCAUUGAGAGGGAUCAAAGAAUACAGAACAUUGCUCAGAUGAUAGAUGAUUUGCUUAUUCAGGGGUAUAAUUGCAAAAAGGGAAUCAUAAUGCAAGAGACUGGAGACGAAAAAGGAGAAAUGUCAGUUUAUUCCCUAAUCAGCAACAGUGAAAUCAAGACUGAGAGUUAUGUUAUGGAAAGGGGAGACAUAAAAACUACAAUUGGAAAUCUCUUGGCUACUGCCAAUAGUCAGAGAGCUGCAACAUGGUGUAGAGUCGAUGAAAAUGAGAAGGGAAAUGUGAAUUUGUUUAAAAGCUGCAUUGAAAAAGGUGAUCUCCAGUAUCUGAAGAGUCUUCACACAGAGGAAAAUGAAUAUGAAGCUGUUCAUGGACUGUCGAUGAAGGAGCAAGUAGAAACUGUUCAGGGGGGUGUCCAGGAAGCAAAAAAAAGCCUCUCCCUGCAAAAAGAGCAAGUCGAGAGAACCAUAUGUGAUGUGCUGCCAGGAGAUGUAAAAAACACCAAAAAAGUUUUCUCAUCUGACUCCUUUGUCAGUGUUGAUUGCUGUAUUCCAAAAGAGGAAAUAAUCCCAGGAGAUGUAUCAUCAGCAAAGCAGCAGCUGGCUGUGAAGCAACCUGUGACUGUGGACAAAGAGGACGUUGUACCUGGAGACAUCAGGGCAACAAUGGAGUCAUUGGAGCGUGCAAAACAGCAAAGCAUGUGUGUGGAGAGGGAGAUCAUUAAACCUGGAACCAUCUAUGAAAUGGACCUGUCAUCUCAUGGUCCUGUAGACGAAGGAAGCCAACCACAGAAAGAAGUGAUUAUAUCUGGAGAUGUGAGAGCGGCUAAAAAGUCCCUUGAAAUGGCCAAGCAGCAAAGCAUGCAGGUGGAGCGAGAGGUCAUUGUUCCUGGAAAAAUAUACAAUUUGGGAUUGUCAGCGCAAGAGGGAAGCUCUUCAACUUUGGCACUAUCUACAUGUUCGUCCUCCUCCAGAUGCCAGCAAGUCAAGACUUAUCCAAAGGUCAGUGAUGCAAAGAAGGAACAUGAAAGUAACAUUUCCUUUGACACUUGUCAACAAAGUGCAGUUGUAUUCAGCAAUUGUGCCCAGCAAUCAAUGCCAUCAUUCACAGGUUGUGAUUUUAAUGGUCAGACAAGUGAAGAUGACAUAGAAGAAAUCAUUAGAGGAGAUGUGAAGGCAGCCAUUAAAUCUCUGCAGAGUGCAGCAUCUGAGCAGAGGUUUGUAGAUAAGGAAAAUGUUGUUAGAGGAAAUGUGCAACUGGCUUUGGAAUCUCUUCAGAAGUCUAGUGUAAAUGUAUCCAAGGGAGACUAUAAAGCUGCAAUGAUAUACAGGAAUUCAGGCAAGGCAUGCUCAGAGAGGAGCAAGAAUGUUCACAAUCAGUGUGUUGUGGUGCCUAUUCCUUCAUCUGACACAACAUUAUCUCAUUCAAUUUCAGUAACCUGUGAAGGACAGCCAAGGAACCCAACACAGAUUUCAGCCCCCAACCCCAUAGAAAAUGGCUAUUCUAGUUUAUCCAGCUGGGAAAGAGUAACUUCACCUUCACUUCUAGAAAAGAACAAGAGACCAAAGAAUCAGAAGCCAGCAUUAUCACCAAAGCCACUUUGGAUAAAAUCUGUCACUGUGGAAGCAGCAACCACCUCAUCAACUCCUGCUCCCAAAGUUACCUGUCCUGUUGAACACAACAUCAAAGCAGGGGUUUCUCCAAAACAAAACCAACAGUUUCUUGCACACUCUAUGGAUACCCCAGGUGGGAAAAGGAACAAUGAAAGAUUAAAAAAAGAUGGUGAUGAAGCACAACCAGAUUCACAUCUGUCAAAUGAAGAUCUGCCAAUGUACUCAAACCUUCAGGAAGAUAACAAAAAGCUCAAAACACACCUCAUAGAGAGAAAAUCAAAUGUUCAUCUAACAACGUCAAACAGGGACAAAAUGCAAGUACAAAGAAACGUGGUCCAAAAAAUAAACGCAGCUGAAAAGAUCCAAAUGUGCGUGAAGAAUUAUGCAGAAGAUGGAAAACAUGACAUGAACAUGAGCUUAAAGGCUGCUAUACAGAACAUUGAAAAACAGGACAGAGAGGAUUUAGACCAAAGAGAUUUGCUGCCCAAAAAAGUAAAAGUGAUUUAUGAUAAUGGUAGUGACCACAGGCAAACUGCCAAUAACCAGCUUCAGUAUCAUGAACAUGAGCUUAACCUUCCAAGUUACCAACGCAAUACUCAAGUGGAAACAUCACAAACUAAUAAGUCAGGUGAAGCAAACCAUUCACAGCAAAAAGACAUUACACAAAACAAACAGGAACUCUGGGAUAAGGUUGUUUUACGAGAGAAGAAAGUAAAGGAGACAGAGGAGGAAAGAUGGCAGAGACUUUCAGUUCACAAGGAUGAGAUCAUGAAAGAAAACUCUGAGACAGCCAUGGAAAUCUUUGAUAAUUUAAGGAAACGAGAAGAACUCAAAGGAAUCCUGUCUCAGGUGCAAGAAAUAGAAGGAGAGCCCUGCAGCGUAGAUGCUAGCUCCCUGAAGUCAUUUUACAACAAUGUCCCUGCUUGGAUGGUUACCCCAAGAAACACCAAGAAAUGGAAAAAAGAGGAAAAGAAAGUUUCAGAAUUACAGGACGAUGAUCUUGAAAGCAUUUCCUCAGUUGAAAGUGCAUUUGAAGAUCUAGAGAAAGCUAGCAAGGAGAUAAGGAUGCUGAAGGAACAGACAUUAGCCAAACUUGUUGACAUUGAAGAAACAAUCAAAAAGGCUUUGUACUCUGUUUCUAAUCUGAAAUCUGAAGCUGACAUCGCAGGUUUGUCGGGACUGUUUGACGAAUCUUUGAAAUCAGAGCAAAACCUUCAACCAGUCAAUAGCAUCAGGAAAAUAAGCAUAGUGUCAAGCAAGACCAAACAAGAUUCUAGCAAAGAGUCACCAGAAGUUCUCAAAAAUGCAAAGAGUACGCCACUUAGACAGUCCUCCUCUCAAUCUUCACCAUCAUUCAUCUCCAUUCACUCUGCAAGGAAGCCUUCUGAGCUACAAAAAACAACUAUGUCAUCGUUUAAACCAGACACAAAGAGUGCUCCAAGAGGCUGCCCUGAUGCAAAUCAAGUUUUGGAUUCCUUUGUUCCUGAAUCCUCAAAAAAUGGUCCCAGUCAAGAACGCAAAGUCAGUGUGCUUGAGGUAAAGGCUGUUCCAGAGCAAAACACCAGAAUUAUGGGCAGCAAGACCAUCAGUGAAACAUAUAAGGAGAGCGACAGCUUUGGCAAUGUGUUUGUUUCUUCCGUGACUUCAACAUUUGUCACUAAACACCCCGACAGUAAAACGUCUGCUCUGUUUGAAGUAGUUGGAGAUCCUGCCAGGUACGAAGUCAUGACAUCCCCUUUAUUGCAAAGAUCUGGUUGCCCAUUUGAAGAUAAAGUGUUGAGCAACACCAACGAGGAUGGAACAGUAUUUGUAACAUUCAGGCAACCAAAGGAAAAUAAAUAAGUGACUCAGUGUGGCUGGAUUCAUGUUAACUAAAGAAGACAUUUAUUCCAUUGUGUGUGUAUCUUGUAUUUUCAUUGAGGAGUUUUGUUUUAUAGCUGUUUUAAUUUUUUACUGUAACCACCUGAUAAAGUAUGUUCGUCUAUUAAAGCUAAUAAUAAUGUAUUUUCUGAUGUGUGAGCUAUCAAAUAAAUGAAAGCUUGAAAAAUGGUAAAAA